ACACACACACCAACGCCAAUGCAAGUUUCAAAAACCUUAAAAAGAGCAUAAACCCUAGAGAAAUGAACGAACCAGAUUCACCUCAUUAGAGCAUUGUGAAAUUGGUAGCAAGGGUUAACAUUCUCGGCAGAUAUCGAACGCGAUUGAUAUGGAAAUUGUUCUGCGUCUGAGUUCUAAUGAGGUGUUCUGUCACUUUAAACCCUAGAGAAAUGAACGAACCAGGUUCUUCUUCUUCUUCUUCUUCUUCUUCUUCUUCUUCUUCUUCUUCUUCUUCAGUCGAUGGAAUUGGAAUGAUGGACUUGGAAACUGUUUUACCCUUACCUCUCAGUUAUUGGGAAUGGCAUUCUUACGCCUGUCUUUACAUAGUAAUCAACCUUAACAUCCAAACCCCCAAUGAAAGACUUCUCUGGAAUGACCAUAGGAAGAAUGUUUUUCAAUCUCUAUUUAAAUCUCUCAGGUAUACUUGUUUUGGAUCUAUUUCACCUGCCGAGCUAGCAGAUCCUAUUACUCAUGAACUAGUUCAAAAAUUGUACGAGGCAAAAUUUGCGGGUGCUCAUUGCAUUAUUUGCCAUAACACUGACAAAGAUCUUGAUUCCAUUACAAGAUGUUCUCAUCUCUUCUGUUCUCCAUGCUACGACCAAUACUACUACAAUACAAGGGCGGAGUUGGAGGAACAGCAAAAGCCGGUGAUUAUCAAAUGUCCGGUUUGUUCGACCAUUGUUGAAACGUUGCUUGAUGAUCGUAAUCUUCUUGUUUCUGCCAUGUCAACUAAGUCGAAAUAUGUUAUCGACCAAGUUCAAAAACUGCUCGAUGAAUGGAAACAGCAGGCGAAUGCUGAAUCAAAGAUCGUUGUGGUUUCCUCAUCUGGAGCAACUCUAACGUGCCUCAAUAGAGCUUUAACCGGUUUGCAUAUAGCAUCUUCCCUAUACCUACGUUAUAAUGAUCAUACUGCUCAUACUAUUAAAGGUUUUCUGAAGGACCCGAUGAAUAGGGUUUUGUUGAUAAAACCACGUGCCAUUCAAUUUGAGAUUGUGCUGCCUCCUUCAUCCCACACUUUUGUUACUGAGGCAAUUGUGUGGGAUGUUAAGGAUUAUAUUUUUAGGAAGGUAAAAACAGCUAAGCCUGACACGUUGUUCAAAACAAUUCUAGUGGCACAAAACACUGUUGAGGAACAUAUAAUAAUGGAACCACAUUUCGAUGAUCAUUAUGAUUCUUACGACGAAAAAUGCAACUUUGUCGGACCCCAGUUCAAAACCCUGACCGAUGUAGAGAGAAUAGCGACUCUCUUCGGAAGAGCUGUUCUGCCUGUUUUGGAAUUUGACGAUGGUUUCAAUUUGGAACAGGGGUGGGAGGAAGGUCAGAAUGAUUUUGAAUGGGAAACUAGUAGCGCAUCACAAUAAAGAGCAGUAGUAGUAGAUAUAGUAAGUAGUAAAUAGUAAAUAAAGUAGAAUAAUAAAAAUGUAGUGGAUAUAGUAGUAGUAGUAUUUUUGAAUCAAAGUAGUAGUAAAUGAUUUUUAGAUAAAGUAGAAUAAUAAUUUUUAGUACUAGUAAAUAAUAGAUAGUAAGUUUGAUUCUGGACCUAUAUUUGGUGGAAGAGCGAAUUCUGAACCCGGAGAGACCUAAGAAGGAAAUAUUAAUUGAUUGAAACAUUCGUUAAGGAAGACCGACAUCCACCUCCUGGGUAACCACUGUGCUCUAGGGCUCCUACCGAACAGAUUGGUGACAUUUUUCAGGUUUGGGAGCUUUUAGAGCGAUUCCGUGAAAUUCUAGACAUGAAAUCUGAGAGGGGAAUGAGUGGAAGUCAAGUUUUAACUUCACAAGGGGCUGAUGGUGAUCGCCGACUAAUAUGUGAAGCUGAUCCAUCGGGUUCCACAGGAAGUUCUUUUAUUCAAGUGGAAACAGAAGCAAUGAAAGAGGAAGCCCAAGUUUUGCUCGCAUCUUUCACCUAUGUCAGAUGCUUUGGUGUAGCUUUGACCAAGGCCCAUAAUUCAUUACUAAGAGUGCUAAUAGGUGAACUGCAAUCAAAGGUGCCUGCUUUGGUGGAUCGGAAUUCUGAACCCGGAGAAACUCGGACAAGACGUGCAGUUCCUUCUAAACGAACCAAGGUCAAUAUGCUUCCUAUCAAUGAAUUGACUUGGCCAGAACUAGCUCGUAGAUAUAUCUUGGCUUUCUUAUCAAUGGAUGGUAACCUCGAGUCUGUGGAAAUUACUGCCCGUGAAAGUGGUAAACUAUUUGGUUGCUUACGAGGCGAUGGUGGUUUGCUGAGCGGUUCCCUUACUGGCGUGGCUGGGAUGGAAGCUGAUGCACUGUUGCUUGAGGAGGCUAUGAAGAAGAUUUUUGGUUCUUUGAGCAGAGAAAAUGAUGUACUCAUCAUAAAAGGGCGGAUAAAAGCAUAUCUGUUACACAUUUCAGAUUCUGAUAACCAACAUAUGAAUUCAAUAGAAGGACAACUUAGGCCUGUUCCUGUGGCUGUGGAGUCUCAAUGUACAGAUAAAUCCCUCAAGUCUUUUCCAUCGUCAAAUCAUAUGCAUCAAGCAAUAAAUGGCUACAGUGGAGCAACUCAUAUUCAGGGUAAUAACUACCAGAAAUGUGAGAUAAGGGAUGUAUCUACUUGUGCAACAUACCAGCAAGGAAAAUGUAUCUACUUGAGUCUGCGGAAAUUACUGCCCGUGAAAGUGAUAAAGCAUUUCAUUGCUUACGAGGCGAUGGUGGUUUGCUGUGCGGUUCCCUUACUGGCGUGGCUGGGAUACAAGCUGAUGCACUGUUGCUCGCGGAGGCUAUGAAGAAGAUUUUUGGUACUUUGCGCAGAGAAAAUGAUGUACUCAUCAUAGAAGAAGAGGAAGGGUGCUGCUGAAAUUAAAUUGGCAAAUGAUGGUAAAAUUCCUGAAUGGGCGCAGGUGCUGGAACCUGUCAGAAAGCUACCAACAAAUGUGGGAACCCGAAUCAAAAAAUGUGUUAGUGAUGCUCUAGAUAAGAAUCCGCCAGAUUGGCUCAGUUAGUAAGGAAGUGCACAAGGGCAAUGCAUCUGGACCAACAAAGGGUCUAUUCACAACAGAAAGAACGGUCUAGAUCCAGCUGCAGCCCCAUUUGCUAAAAAUCCAAGAGACAUCACCUACUGAAGAGAAUAAAAUCAAUGACAUUUUGCAAGGAUUGCUUACUUGUGAUUCUAAAGAACUAUAGGGGGAUGGAGCAAUCAAUCUUUUGCAGGAGAGGUUACAGGUAAAACCCAUUUGUAUGGAGAAAUUAUAUGUUCCAGACUUCCCAGAUAUCCGACCGAUUGAUCUGAAAUCUUUGCUAGGGAAUUCGCCGAAGCCAAAAAAGGCUUUAUCUGACAUAGAUAAUUUGUUGAGGGGAAUGAAUAUUAAGACGCCUCUUAGAUAGGAUGUAGGAUAUGCUGUGAAGCAGUUAGAUUCACCCACACCACCAAGAAGUCCAUUUGCUUCGCUGUCAUCAUUGCAAAAACACAUUUCACGGUCAAAGCCAUCAUCAGAUAGAUCCAUUUUCAGCUCAUGAAAUUGAUCAUAUACCUACAAGAAAUUAUUCAUCAACUCACAUGAUAAACCAGGAAGUCAACAUUCUUAGUUCUAGUAAGCUGUCAGAUGAGCUGAGUGCACCUAUAAUCAAAGAUGUUAUUGCUGCUGGUGAGACAAAUACAAUUCUGGAGACUAGUGAAAAUUCCAAUGAAGAUAUUGUUGCAGUUAGCGAGACAAGUUCGGUUGACGAUCCUGAUAGAAAUUACACCAGUACUCCUCGGAUGUUGGUCUGGUUAUGAUUGAUGACAAAAUACUAUGUUUUUAGGCUAUAGUUGCUUUUAGAAUUGAAUCUUUGUCUUUUGGUACAGGAAAAGAGAAUUGAAUCAUUUUCCUUUAAUUUCAGAAAAAGGUGGGACUUUAUCCUCUCGGUGAGGCAAUUUUAUUUGGUGCCAUUGUUCUUAUAACAAUGACAGUAUACAUUUUAUAUAGGUAGUUUGAUUUCUUUUAUGAUAUGCAUUCUAUAGUUAAGAAGGAUUAAUUGGUCUCUUUAUUUUCUUUUAUAGUUUCAUCGAAUUUGUAGACGUUUUCUCAGAACCAUUAUUCCCAUUUUUUUGGAUAUAGUAUAUCACAAGCAAUCUA